AUGCCCAACAAAUUGCUGACCUGCACCGAUGCAACUCACUGCGGUAGCUGCCGAACUGGAUUCAGUGGAGCUACCUGCGAGGCUUGCGCUACUGGAUACUCUGGAGCUGGAACUUGCGACACAUGCACCGAUGGCUACUUCAGAAACACUGUGAGCAGCACCUGCGAGGCAUGUUCUACAAAUUGCAAGGCCUGCACUAGCAGCUGCACACAUGCCAACAAAGUGCAUACCUGCACCGAUGCAAGUAACUGCGGUAGCUGCGUGACUGGAUUCGAUGGACCUACCUGCGAGGCUUGCGCUACUGGAUACUCUGGAGCUGGAACUUGCGACACAUGCACCGAUGGCUACUUCAGAAACACUGGAGCAGCACCUGCGAGGCAUGUUCUACAAAUUGCAAGCCUGUACUUCUAG